CACGGGCCCGCUCCGGCCCCGCGGCGCGUGGCGGGUGCCAUGGCCUCUGGCUUCGCAGGGCGCCACCCCUGCUACGGCGCCGUCGCGGGCGGCUGGACAGGGGGCGAGCGCUGCCCCGGCGGCGCGGGCAGCUGCGCCCCCGCGCGGGGCGGCAGCGGCUGCUUCGGCGCCGGCCCUGGAGGCCCCGGCGCCCGCUGCGACUGGGGCGCCGCCGGCGGCCGCCUCGGGGCCAGCCUCGGCGGCACAUGGCCGCCGCGGGAGGCGACGUGGUGCCCGGAGCUGCCCGAGGGCGUGCCGGUGCCGCCGCGGCAGCAGGCGCACCUGCUGCCGAGCCCGGCUGCCGUGCAGGCGCAGAGGCUCGCGUACGAGAGACCGCCCCUCGCGCGCGCCGCCGGCCAUCGCCGAGCAGGCGCGCGAGGCCAAGGCCAUUCUGCAGCGGCGCGCCGAGGAGAAGAUCGGGGGUGGCUCGAGAUCGACCGGGAGACGCUGGAGAGGGAGGCGCGCCUGGACGAGCAGACCUGCGGCCAGGUCCUGGCCCUGCACCGCGAGGCUGCGAACCAGGGCGCCCAGCUGGAGCAGAGGGCCCACACGCUGCUUAUGGACUACCGGCAGAGGAGGAUACACGACACCCACGCCCUGGAGCGCUACGAGGCCGCCAUGCGGCUCCACGCGCUGCAGGCGCAGGCCAUGCAGGGCGCCGCCCUGCAGGCCCAGCUGGGCGCCGCGCAGGCGCACGCCGGCGCGCGCGCGGGCGCAAGCCCCGCCGCCGCCGCCGCCGCCAGACCGCCGUUGUGGCAGCACGCGCGCGCGCCCGGACGCCCGUAG